UGUCUUCCGUAGUCAGGGAGCGCGCCGAAGAACAGGUUACAAAGGGUAAAUCAGAUUAUUAGGUAAAAUGGAUUUGUGACGUAAGGGUUUAAAACUGCAGGGAGCAUUGCGUGUACUAGGCAACACUAAGACGCAAGACAGUCUGUGUAGGGAAGCGGACAGCAGUGAACCUUCUUACCAAUGGUGGGCAUGGCACUUCAGUUAUUGUAGCUAACAUCGUUAUAUACAUCAAACUGCAAAGAAUGGCUUCUUUUUUGCAGAUUCCUGAUGAAGAGAAGGGCCAUGAUUUGAAUCUAUUUUGUGUUCCAAAACACUAUGAAAACGAUUUGGAGAGGGUCAUUAUUCCCCAUGGCAUAAUCAUGGACAGGACAGAACGUUUGGCCCGAGAUAUAAUGCAGGACAUGGGAGGACACCAUAUUGUUGCUCUUUGUGUUCUGAAAGGUGGUUAUAAAUUCUUUGCCGACCUGCUAGAUUACAUCAAGGCACUUAAUCAAAACAGCGAUAAAUCUGUACCGUUGACUGUGGAUUUCAUUAGACUUAAAAGCUACUGUAAGGAUCAAUCUACAAACAGUGUGAAAGUUAUUGGAGAAGAUGAGUUGUCAGCCCUUACUGGGAAAAAUGUUCUGAUUGUUGAGGAUAUUGUAGAAACAGGCAGAACCAUGCAGACACUUCUGUCUCUAUUAAAUGGAUACGGCCCAAAGAUGGUUAAAGUAGUAAGCCUUUUGGUCAAAAGAACACCAAAAAGCUCAGGAUACAGGCCAGACUACAUCGGAUUUGAGGUUCCUGAUCAGUACCUGGUUGGAUAUGCCCUGGACUACAAUGAAUACUUCAGAGAUCUUAGUCACAUCUGCAUUCUGAAUGAAAAUGGAAGGGAGAAAUACAAAAUGUGAGUGGAAAAUCUCAAGAAAGCUCAACCAAUGGAAACUAAGGGCACUGUGAAGCUCCUUGUCUAGCUUUUUUUGUGUUGUGAAAUGUUUAUUUUUCUACG